AUGGCCAAGACCCAAAAGAACAAGGCGACAUCGUUUCAUCUUGGGCAACUGAAAGCCAAACUUGCCAAACUCAAGCGCGAGCUGCUCGAGCCUAGCAGCAGCGGAGGUGGUGGUGCUGGAGUGGGUUUUGAUGUUGCAAGAACUGGUGUUGCUAGUGUGGGCUUCAUAGGCUUUCCCUCUGUGGGCAAAAGUACGCUCAUGAGCAAGUUGACAGGCCAGCAUUCCGAAGCUGCGGCAUACGAAUUCACAACACUCACCACGGUGCCCGGUCAAGUCCAAUACAAUGGCGCCAAAAUCCAGAUUCUCGAUCUUCCUGGUAUCAUUCAGGGUGCCAAAGACGGCAAGGGUCGUGGCCGGCAGGUCAUUGCGGUUGCGAAGACGUGCCAUUUAAUCUUCAUCGUUCUCGAUGUGAACAAGCCGUUGACUGACAAGCGAAUCAUCGAGAACGAGUUGGAAGGUUUUGGCAUUCGAAUCAACAAGAGUCCUCCCAAUAUCGUGCUCAAGAAAAAAGACAAGGGAGGCAUCAACAUCACAGCAACAGUGCCCCUUACCCAUAUCGACCACGACGAGAUCAAGGCUGUGUUGAGCGAAUACCGCAUGGCGAAUGCUGAUGUCGCCAUCCGUUGCGAUGCCACUGUUGAUGACUUGAUUGACGUUAUUGAAGCAAAGUCGCGAAGCUAUAUUCCAGUCAUCUACGCGCUGAACAAAAUCGACGCCAUCUCUAUUGAGGAACUUGACUUGCUUUAUCGGAUUCCCAACGCCUGUCCUAUCAGCUCCGAGCACGGCUGGAACAUUGACGAGCUGCUUGAGCAGAUGUGGGAGAAGCUCAACCUUGUCCGUGUCUACACCAAGCCGAAAGGCAAGAUGCCUGACUACACUGCACCAGUGGUGUUGCGAUCGAACGCUUGCACGAUUGAAGACUUUUGCAAUUCGAUCCACAAAACAAUUGUGGAGAACUUCAAGCACGCGAUUGUGUAUGGCAAGUCAGUGAAGCAUCAACCUCAGCGUGUUGGUCUUUCUCAUGAGCUUGCCGACGAAGACAUUGUCACGAUUGUCAAACGAUAG